UAACGCAAAAUAAGGAAAACAAGAUGACUACCGGCAACAUUAAUAAUAUUUUAAGCCUUAAUUGCAUUAUUCCUGGUGAUGAAUUCGAAGAUAUUUUCACGUUGGAGAUAUCUGAAGAUAAGCUGGUCAACCAGCUCAAACCAAUGAUCAGAAAGUGGUGGCCAAACCGAUUCCAACAUAUCGAUCCAAGUAAACUUAUUCUCUACAAAGUAAUUGAUGCGAAUAUUGCUUUAGGUUUUUCCGAAAUCUUAAAAAAGAAGAAGGAGGAGGGUGAUAAGAAUUAUGGGCAACGCUUGCCUCCAUUGAAAAACAUCCGUAUGCAUUUUAGUAAUGAUCAAGAAACAAAUUCCAUUAGCUCUAAGCCAAAUAAAGGUAGUGUCAGCAUCGUUGUAUGCCCUCCUGAGGAUAGAUAG